UUGGAUGUGGAUUGUAAUGCUGGCAGAGAUCGGCCGGCGCUACCUCGCCCCCCGCCCCCCGCCCCCCACACGACCGCCGGCUCCCGUUCCCAGUCUCCGCCGCUGCUGCCCCCCCCCCUCCCUCCUCUCUCCGUUCCCCUCCUCACGGAGGGCGCCUUCCGCGAUCCUCACCUAAUGAGUGUUUGUAUCAAUUUGAGUGCAACAGUGGACGAAAGAUUCCUGUACUCUCAAGGAGAGAUACACAGAGUACACUGGCAUCCGAAGUCACUCUCACACAUAUUGGUGCUUGUUUCCGAUAACACGAUGAGACUGUACAACAUAGCGUUGAAGACUGGACCGAAAUUGGUGAAAAUCAUCACAAUCGGACCCAAGCCGGCGGGAGCGUUGGGUCAAACUGUGUUGGAUAGUUUAGGAGAUACAGCGAUAGACUUCACACCUACACCAGAUAAUGAAUAUCUGUUGAUACUAAGCGGUAAUGGAGACGUUUACAUGUUGCAGUGCGAACUGGAUAUGAAAAAUACUGUAACAGCCAAAUUAAGGGGACCCCUAGUAAUGUACCCUCCAGCUGAUGAUAACUACGGCUCGGAAUCGUGUUCUAUAGCUGCUGUGGGGUCAGCGAAGACCCCAACACUGGUCAUCAUAGCCAGUGCAUCAGCUGCCCUCUAUCACUGCCUGCUAUUGCCUAACUCCACAGACAAAGAAGAGGACGAUGGUUUUGCACUCUACGUCAUAGAGUCGGUGGAAUUGAAUAUACCACAGAACAGCGAUACACAAACGAACUACGUAUAUCCAGUGCAUUUAUAUCCGUCCGGUCGUGCUUCGUAUAUCUGUGUUCACACUGGAGGCGUCCAUUCAGUAUUAUUACCAGUGGCUAACGCUCUUUGCGAAUACGCUGCAGCGAGUGAAGAUGAAUUGGAAUCAGUACUUCAGUUCUUGUACAAGGAACCAAGCAAAGCGCGUCAUUUGAUAUGCGGCAGUUAUCCGCCUGUCGGAGUAACCUUCACUGAACCGCCUCUACAAACUAUCAUCAUAUUAUGCCAGGAUGGUGAUGCAUUGACCAGAACCGUAGAUCCAUUUGACCUAGAGGAAAAUCUGUAUAAAGAGAUUCAAUUGAAAAACCCUGCUCUGGAACGAGACGAUAUUAACGCUAUACUGAAAGAGAAACAGAAGAUAUCCUUCAGUCACAUAAUACACGAGGUUCUCCAACGUAAUUCAUCACAGCCGAUUUUAAAGUUACAAUCAGCUCCAGGAACCCAGCAAUGUUUAGAGCUACUCACCCAAGCGACCGUGAGGCUCGCCAGUGAAUAUAUGGAUAAACAGAAACGUGCUUGUGACGUCAUCACUCACAAGAUGGCCGCCCUUAGCGCCAUCUCGCGGCAACACAAGGAAUGGCUAGAGGAACUACAGAAAGAAAUUGAAGAUGUUAAACUCACGUCAGUCGUGUUGAAGGAGAAGCGAGCGUUGGCGGAAAAACAUCAAGAAGAUAUAAAGUACAGAUGUUCAAUGGUGUCUCGAGCCUUGCGGGCGGGGUCCGGACAUUCAGAAGAUGAAAAGAGACAGCUGCAAGAAUUGGAAGAAAUUAGAGCGAGAACACAACUGCUGCAAGCACAGCUGGAAAAUACAACGAGUCUGGUUCAAACCCGAGGAAUACAGAUGAAGAACUGGCGAGAAGAUUAUAUGAAGAAGAACACAGUUCUUGGAAAAUCUCAUAGUGAUAGCAUCACAUCUAUUCUGCAGCAACAGACAACACAAAUAUCAAUGCUCAUAGAAGAAACUAAGCUACUGAAAGAUCAUCUUGGAAUUGUUUAA